UACCCAGACUACCCCGUAGAUCUCAAGACGUGUCGGCGGCUGCGACAAAGCGUGGGAAGUACAGCGAAGCACGACGCGAGUCAGCGGCUGGGCUGCAGUCUGCAGAUAAGCUAUUGGAGGAGUGGACUUUUUACGAUUUCAUAGUCCAACCAAAAACAAUUCAGAAGCAGCUCUCUCGUCCGCGGUCGAAAGGGGAAGAAAGGCAAAAAUGGACUUCGUUCAAACCGUAUCCGCCCCAGAUUUCCACCCAACCCCUCAAGAUGCGGGCGAGCUCUCGACUCCUUCCCUACCAUAUUCCAGCCAAAGGUAUGAAGUGGAUUGCAUAUCCGCAAGAAAAACCCAGAAAGCUGGCCGAGAGAAAUUGAGGAGGGAUCGACUAAACGAGCAGUUUGUGGAGUUGGGAAAUGUUGUAGAUCCUAGCAGGCCCAAAAAUGAUAAAUCAACCAUUCUAGUUGAUACAAUUCAAUUGCUGAAGGACCUUGCAUCUCAAAUCAACAAACUCAAAGCGGAGUGUUCGACACUGACUGAAGAAUCCCAUGAGUUGAUGCAGGAGAAAAAUGAUCUUAGAGAAGAAAAGGCAUCUCUCAAAUCUGAUAUUGAGAACCUUAAUGUCCAAUGUCAGCAGAGACUCGGGGCGAUGUUCCCAUGGGCUGCAAUUGAUCACUCUGUUGUCAUGGGCCCACCAUCUUAUCAAUUUCCAGUACCCAUGCCGAUGCCUCCGGGGCCAAUGCCAAUGCAUCCGUCUAUGCAGCCUUACCCCUUCUUUGGAAAUCAGAAUCCUGGGCUCAUUCCAAACCCCUGUUCAACUUUUGUUCCAUAUGUACCUCCAAAUACCUCGGUCGAACAGUCUGCCCGGCGUGCAUCUCCACGUAACCGAUCCCCCAUCUUGGAUAAACAAGAUUCAAGGUGCAAGUCAUCUGGGAAGAGCAAGACUGGGGAAAGUGAGGAUUCCGAUAAUGUUGCUACAGACCUGGAGUUGAAGACUCCUGGAUCUACUGAAGAUCAGGAUUUGUCACCAGAACCAAAAAAUUCUAGGAAGCGUUGGAGGGAGGAAAACAGUGUAACUGAAGGGAGUUCUUCAAGUAGGUCUUCUUCCUCGGUACAGGAUAGCUCUUCCAAUAUCGUGGUUGGUGGAAUAGCUGAUGAAUGAAAACUGGGUCACUGUUCGCAAUUGAAUAAAAUAAAAAUGUUGGAGUUCUGCCUCGAGCCGCUGCAAAGUUUCUACAAUAGUCAAUACUAGAUUUCUAGCUAGGCCUCUUUUACAGUACUUGAAAGAGCCUAGUCCAAUAUCCAAGACGCCUUCUAUAAAAAAAAGAAAGAUUUCUAUGAUCUAGAGGUGUUUUCCGGGCACUUUUAUUGCCUAAUAUGAUGCAGGCAGAAGCAAUUUUCUCUUUCAAGCAAUUCUGAAAGUUUGGGUUUUCGCGGUGCAUCACCUUGCUUGAAGGCCACAAAUAUGAUGGGCAGACUUGGUCUCUGUUGUCCACUUCUUCUAGGCAAGGGAAGAAGUGCCUUGUAGCCCGUUUGUUCAAAGAUGAAAAACUCAGUAGGUUGGUCUGUCUGUAGUACAUUUAUUAAGGUAUACCAAUAAUAAACUAACCAACAGUUGCUUGGAGAAAGGCUUAUAUGACAACAUGAUGAUAAAGUUAUUUAUUUUGUCUAAGAUGGCAUAUACCUUUUGAUUUGUUUAAAUCGGAUUGGUUUAGUUGUUUUUUUUCCUGUUAAUGCAAAUGAAGUCCUCUUGUGGAAAAAGAGAGUACUUGGUUUUUUAUUUUUACCCAGGGUUUGUGGGGAUCAUACAAUGCAACGAUUAUAUUGUGCCUUUA